UGAGUACGUCUUACCUAGAGAGAGGAAUGCUUCUGUUAGUUGCGCCUUCCGUGCUCUACUGGUAAGGAUCGCGUGACGAGGCCAAAACAGCACGCAACAACAUGUUUUGUAAGAUAUCUAAUACUUUGCUUUACUAUCCAUGCCUUCUGUUACAUUUUGGUUCAAUCGGACUCUUUGUUCUUUCCAGUCCCGAAAAAUUAAAGGAAUUUGGAAUGCUGUUUGUUCCUCAUCACCGUCAGUGCCGUUAUCACUCAUCGUUGCAGCAUCACUACACCACAUUGGUAAAUCAGUUCACAAACACAUCAUGGAGAUGGCUGCAAGAGAACUGCUAUGGGAGGUGUCCAGACUCACUGAACUUCGAAGUGUUCAUGUCAGCUUAAAAGAAAGCUUUAAGGGAGCAGCGAUAACUGGAAUGUCAACGCUGGCUGGUGGUCUCUUCUUCGGUCCUAUAGGAUUAGCUAUUGGAGGUACAAUUGGAGGAUGUUCCGCAGCUUACAUGGCGAGGAGUAAAUUUAAAUCAAUUACAGACGUAAUUUUGUACGAACUUACACCACAGCAACAACGUGAUCUUGCUGAUGCAGUCCGUAAAUGUCUUAGCUCUGUUCAAAUACAAGAUGCAGCUCAGUUUGCUAUAAAUGUUGUUCAAAACCCGUCUGUGGCUACAACUGUAGCUAUGACUGUAAUUACCUUUCUUAAUUCUCAACAAGGCAUGGAGGUUGUCGACUGAACUACAUGGUAUAAUUAUUUUUACGAGCUAUGUCAAUAAUCAGAUAUUCUUUGUGAUAAAAAUGUAGAAACAUUUUUGAAAAACUAGAUAUAUUUUAUACAUAGGUGCUAAUAUUUGCUGGUAUUGCUAUGAAACUCACGUUUAAUCUUUUUUUUUUUUUCACUGGUUUGGUAUGAUAUUUCGAUCAUUUUAAUGUCAAUACUAUUACAACUGAUGAUACGUUAAUCUCUUACUGCAAACACAAUUCAUUGCUGAAUAGCAGAAUAUGGGCACAAUUUCGAAAAUUCAACUUUGAACAAUGUAUCUGAAAGUUUUAAAUGUUUCUGUAAACAUCCAUAAUAUUCCUCAAGGGCGAUGGUUGGCGAGCAUCUGGUAUAUGUACAAAGGGCAUACCAACAAGUGUAUAUGUCAGGUAAACUGUAUAAUUUUAUAUUUUGGUACCUAUACCAC